AAUUAAUCUCGUAUGCAGAUUUGAGGAUGACAAGGACAUUAGUGCUUUAUUUGAAGAACUGUGGGAAGAGAAUACCAGCAGUGAAAGAAUGACCCUUCAACUUUAUUUAUCAGAAAUAGUUUCCCUUCUCUCGGAUUGUAUGUCCUCAUCAUCAUGGGCAAGCAAGAGGAAGUCAGCAAAAGCAAUAACAAAACUAAGUGAGAUUAUGGGCGAGUCACUUUCUUCCAUGCAUCAAAACCUGUUGAACUCUCUUCUCAAGGAACUGACUGGCCGCUAUUGGGAGGGUAAAGAUGCUAUUUUAUAUGCAGUAGCAUCGCUUUGUUCGUCUUGCCAUGAUGCGAUAUUCAAUGAAGACGCUGCUACUCCAAAUGCUAUACUUGGCUUGAUAUCUUCUGCAUGCACAAAAAAGGUUAAAUCUUAUCGUGAAGCAGCUUUCUCAUCUCUAAAGCAGGUCAUAACAGCAUUUAAAAAUCCAGAGUUCUUCAACAACGUCUUUCCAUUAUUAUAUGAGAUUUGCAAUCAAGCUGAUGUCCCCACGCUCAGGAAUACACCUUUGAUGACUACUGCUGAGGACAAAGGAGGGGAUAGUACUGAAGACUUUUCUGCCUCUCUUGACAAAGUUUUAGAUUGCAUGACAUCAAGCAUCCAAAUUGCUUAUCCAAAAGAUAUACUUAAACAUCAAAAGAACUUGCUGCAUGUUCUUUCGUCUGUCCUAUCACACGGAUUUAGCUGGACAGUUAAAAUGUCAGCUUUUUCAACAAUUAAAGCACUUUGCUCAAAGUUGAGCCCUGUUUCAGAAGACAAGAAUGAAUUUUCCCAUGAUGUGAUUUCCUUAAUUCAAGAGAUGUUUCACAGUCUGACCUCAAAAGUAGUUGAAUGCAUUCACACAAUAAAGAUUUCCCAGGUACACAUUGGUGCUUCAGAGUGUCUAUUGGAAAUAAGCAAACUAUACAGCAAAUCUCCAACACUGGAUAAAGGCCAUGAGAUAAAGAGCGAGCUCAUUCAUCUCCUGGAGGUUGAAAAAAGUGAAGAAGCCAAAUCCCUGCUCAGAAACUGCAUACAGAUACUAGAAGAUCUUGAGCAGCAAAUAUAAACAUGACUUCAGAAUUCUAAGUUAGAUGCUAUUUAUUUACGUAAAAUUUUCCUCCGUAUUGCACAAAAUAUGAUUGACUUCAUUUGUUACCUAAAGUUCCCUGGGAAUAAAUUCAUCAUUUAUAUGUCUUGAUUAUCUGUAAAUGAUGGAUAAUUAUAAUUUAUUGUAACAUUUAAACCAUUUAUUA